UCUCCACAACCCUGUGGUAGGUUAGGCUAAUGCAGACUGGCCCAAGGAUGCAGUGAGCUUCAUGGCUGAGUGGGGAUUCGAACUCUGCUCUCCCAGGUCCUGAUCCAACACACUAACCAUUACACCACAUAUUUCAAAGCCUCAUAUACUCUUCCCCACCUCUGAGCCAGGCCUUGAUAGCUCUUGAAUCUUAACCCGAUCCAUUCUCCUUUCAGUUCUCUUAACAAUGGCCUGUACUAUAGAGAAGAUCCUGACCGAUGCAAGGACCCUGCUGGAAAGGCUGAAAGAGCACGACAACGCAGCUGAGUCUCUCAUUGACCAGUCCACCAUGUUGCACAAGCGGGUUGUGUCCAUGAAGGAGGCUGGCACGCCUCUUUCGCACAAGUAUCAAGAGGAUGCAGCUGAGCUGAAGGACAUGUCUAAAUACAAACCUCAUAUUCUGCUAUCUCAGGAGAAUACUCAGAUCAGAGACUUGCAGCAGGAAAACAGAGAACUAUGGGUUUCUUUGGAAGAACACCAGGAUGCUUUGGAACUUAUUAUGAGCAAAUAUAGGAAACACAUGUUACAGCUGAUGAUGAAAAGAAAAGAUGUGGAUGCUCAGCCAAUUUUGAAAGUGCAUCAAGCUCAGUCUGCAGAAAUUGAGAGUCAAAUUGACAGGAUCUGUGAGAUGGGAGAUGUAAUAAGAAAAGCUGUUCAUGUGGACAAUGACCAGUAUUAUAAAACACAAGAAAAGCUAGCACAGUUAGAGCUUGAAAAUAAAGAGUUGAGAAAACUCUUAACAAUCAGCAGAGAAUCUAUCGAGGUGAGGCAAGAAGGAAUGCCUGAUGAUGCUUCUCAAUCCACAAAACAGCUGCCUUUGAAUAGUUGAUCUCUGAAGCUGGUAAACUGCACUGCAGGAAAGAGUGUGCUUAUUUUACAAGCUGUUCUUUUAAUUCCCUCAUGUCUCCGUUUGGGUAUCAUUCCAGCCUUUUGCUAUAUUAUAGAGACUGUGCUUUGUGCAUAGCUGCUGAAAUGACUCCCUCUGCAGGCUAAAGUUUGCCCUGCUUAAUCAUGCAGAGGAGUACUCAUGCAGCUGUAGUCCUAAGCAAAUGCUUUCUCAGGGUUAUCCUUGCUUUCAGAAAUCUCAGUUGGAUAGGACAAUUUGAUCGCUUUUGGCUUUUCCUGUGUAAGUACAUUUCUUUAAAAGUCAGACUUUUAUAGGAAAAAUAGUCUGAGCAGACUUAUUUCUUUAGAAGUUUAUUUACUUUCAAGCAAAUAAUGCCUAAGAUAAAUUGUCAUACAGGAUAUAGGCCAGGCAUAGGCAAACUCCAGCCCUCCAGAUGUUUGGAACUACAAUUCCCAUUAUCCUGGACCACUGGUCCUGUUAGCUAGGGAUAAUGGGAACUGUAGUCCCAAACAUCUGGAGGGCCAGAGUUUGCCUGUGCCUGAUUUAGGCACUCCCGUUCUUAAUUUGAUUUAAUUAAUAGUCUAAGCAGUAUUUUGGUUCCAUUUAACUACUGUUUACCAAAAUUACUUGUCUUUAAUACAUCAACAAAUACAGAAAGUAAUGCACAAUUAUAUGUAAAAGUAUUCUCUGAAACUCUACAUGUGUGAGUGCAGUGGCUGCACACAGAGAUAUCUCAUAAUGUAUAACAGAAUCUUGCAUUUAGCACCCUGUCUAGCAUGCCACACCAUUAUGGAGGUCCUUGAAUGCCAUCCGUUCUUCUUUUCCCUCUUCCCUCUCCCUCCCCAACUCAGUCAAGGAAUCUGAGCUCAUGUUCCUUCACUGAGCGGAGGUGGCAUGUACAGACCUCAAAUUCCAUAUAAUUGCUCAUCUUUGCAUGCAUAUUGAGGGUCAGGGGGCAAGAUCUCUGUUAACUCCCUUGGAGACUCCUCUGUGUGCAGGCAUUGCUCUUGCAUGGGGAAAGAAUCAUGCCCCAUCUAUACAUGUUUACAUAGUACUGAAAUGAUCUAGAAUGAUGACUCUUCCAAAAGCAGCAUCCUUUGGAACUUCAUGCUAAGUAUUUCAAAAUUUACUCUGCGAGGUAUUGAUAGCAAAAUGCUGCUGUUUCUAGAUUUAUUUUUUUCUUCUACUUGAGACUUCAGAUGGGUGCUGCAUGGAAUCUGGUUUGUGUACUUUAUUGAAGACCUUGUCUCCAUGCUGAGUACUUAAGGAAAGCAUUCACCAAACAGACUUGAAGACAAAUAAAUUAUAAAGUGAUUGUAUAGGAACCUAGCCAAGUCCUGUCUUCAUUUAUAGUGCUCUGCAGUUUAUUGUGUGUUCUUCUUAGCUACUUGCUUGCAGACUCUCACAUCCUCAUACCUGAUAGAUUCUAUGACUGUCUCAACAUUGUGAUUGUAGGGCUAGAAUUGGAGAUAUGUCUAGCCUCUGUGGUCACAUCUGUAUAAAUGUAUUUGUCCCCAUAGCAUGCUUCGAUCUUGUACAGCAUAUUGCCUAUUGCUAAAGUGUUGUAAACCAUAAUGAAUGCGAAAGGAGAUAUUUCAAUGUUUCUGCUUUCUCCAGGAAAGUUUCAGCGUAGGAUCGAUCACUCUUGUUGCUCAGAGUGCAGCACAUGUCCUUUCUCCAUGUUUAUCAUCUUUCCCCAUCAGUGUGGUGGAGAGGAGAGCCGGGUUUAUUCUUCAAAUUCAUCUUUUGGUGUUUUUAAAUUCUUACCAGUCAGUUUUACUUUGAAGACUGAGCUGAUAAAAGAGCUGCUGCUUUUGUGCAUUAUGCAAACAUAACCCUAAUCAGCAGGACAGAUUCACCUGUAUAUCAUCACUUUGCAGUGUUAUGCCUUAAAUAUAUGCCAUCAGUGCCAUCUUCAGAAUCAAACAGGCUCUUGUAAUGAGCAGCAACAUGUGCUCAGUCCGUGCAUAGAUUCUGGAUUAUUUUGUAAAUACCCUUGAGGGAUGUUACAAUGUACAUAAGUGAGUUACAGAGCUGUUGUGCUAUUUUUUGCCAUCUUAUCUGCCUGCUCUGAUCAGUGAAUUCAAUCUUGUCUUUACCUCUCAGGUAUUAAAUAUGUAUAUUUGUUCAUUUUCCUGAAAUAAAUGUUUUGAGGCAAUAUUAUCUGUUGUGGCACUUUUUGUACCACGGAUAAUUUAUGGACUGACUUUACCAUUGGCCAGCACCAUUGUUCGCUGAUUAACUACUUGGGCCACUGCAAGUUACAUUCUGUAUUUAUCUGGAAAUUAGGCUGAGUAAAGGGAACUGAAAUUGGCAUAUGCUGACUAUAAAUAGGUGUCUAGUGGAACCAUGUUUAUCAAACCGAUUAAACCUUUAAGAAUUUCAUAAAUGCCUGUGUUUAACUUUGUAAAACCAAGUUUUAUUUCAGUCAUAGACUGAAACAAAAUGUACACAUUCUCCUUCAUACAUGAGAAUGACAAAAGCGGGCCUGCUUUCAAACCUAAUUAGUAAUUAGCUUUUCUCUAAAAUAUAGUCUGGGAUGCACAAUAUGAAAUAUAGUAAGUAAGAAGUACAAUUCAAGCUGUUACCACUGCAACAGUACAAUCCUAUACAUGUCUACUCCAUUAGGCCUCCUCUCCCUCAACUACCAGGCAGCAGCCAUUCCAUCAGGCUGCACAGUGGGAGAGGUAGGAAGCAGGGCUCAUUCCAUCAACCAGCCAAAGGACCAGCUCCUGCCCCUGAGCUGUUUCUAGGCCAGCUGGUCGUUGUGAAAACUAAUCUUUAAUAAUUGGCACCCGAGUUGCUUUUUGGUCUUUUCUCCCUUGCCCCUUGUGUUUUGAGAUGGUAAGCCUGCAGGCAAGGACUGUCUUGUUUUCAUUGAUUAUAUUGUAAGCCACUCUGAACAUUUUUAGCUGAAGAGUGGGGGUACAAAUGCUCUAAAUAAAUGAAUUGUUUUUAUUUAAUUUGGGUCUUUGAGUAAGUGUAGCAUCCAAAGGCUAAAGCAAGGUUGGGAAACCAUUUUUAGCCACAUGGCAUCAUAUUCUUUUGGGCAACAUUUUGGGGCUUGUGUGCAAGUGAACGGGUCUGGAAGCAAAAGUGGAUUGAUAAAUGGAGGUAAAUGUUACAAAGGGUCACAGUCAGCUAGUUUCUAAAUGCACACGUACUUAUCUGGACGGAGGACAGAGGUGUAAGAAUGCAUUCUAGCCGGGCAGAAACCAAUGUAGAGUGAAGCAGAGCCAGGGAGGAGUGUGUCUUGGGGAGAGUUUCGAGGCCCAGAUAAAGGAGCUUGGCCUGAAGUUCUUCCCUGGGCUAAAGCAACAUAAUCAAAAGUGUAAAUGUCAGUAUUAGCAACAGGAGAUGAAAAUGCCUUCACUUGCCAGUAGGUAAGGUAAAGGUAAACAGUAAACUCUGUGUAGAGAGACUGCCAGUCAAUCCUUCCUAGUCCACCAAAGAGAGAUCCAUGACAUGGAAAAUACACUGGAUAUUGUAUCCUUUGGACAGUAAAAAUAUUGUCUGGUUCACACCUGAUCAUGACCCCUUCACCAUCUGUAGUCUAAUUGGAGAUGUAGCCAAUGGAAAACAAGGUAACCUGCACCUUUGCCCUUCAAGAAAAUUACUUUUGGCCAUAACGAAUAUGGAGAUCGAUCUAUCUAUCUAUCUAUCUAUCUAUCUAUCUAUCUAUCUAUCUAUCAUCAAGAGAAAGAGCAAUUUGGUAAGGCAUUUAAUUCUAACUUGGAAACACAAUAGUUUGUGAUAAUAUUUGGCUUCCUCUAGCAGCUUUCUGCUAUCCUGCUAGGCAAUGACUGAAAUUACAAGAGAGAGAGAACCUGACAAAGUAGAAUGUACAGUAUUUUUCAAACAGAAACAAGUUUCUUUCAGGUGGCCACUGAGUAAAAUUAUCCUUGCCUCUUAUAUGUACAAAUGUGUUUCCUUUGUUUAUCAGCCCUUUUCCCAUAAACCAUGUUUUGCAAAUAAUCUGUGGCUUCCUACCUCCCACAAAUCAAGAAUCAAGUUUGUCUACAUUUUUCAUAAGUGUGCCUCUAGCUGAAAAUUGCUUUGUAGUUAACAGCCACUGCAAGAAUAAAAUAACACCCUCGUUUUAGAAAAUACAGUAGGCAUUCAGUUACCAGCCCAAGAUUGCACCUAAUUUUAUAGUGAUGCUCAUAAUGGUUUGGACCUAAAAGUAGAGUGAGGUUGCUUUGGCUCAUAGAAGAGGGCCUUGUUUGCACUCUUCAUUUCAGCAACACCAUACACCCUUAAAAAUUCA